ACUAAAAGGUUGCUCCUCCUAGGUCGGUUGUAAACUUGUAGGCAUCUCCCAUGGCGUGAAGCACCACUUGAGAAAGCUGACGUGGCGGUCUGUAAUAACCAUCUCUCCCCACGCGACUGCCUCCUCACUAUAAAUAGAGUCACGAUACGGAAUUAACCCAAAAUUCAACAUCCGGCAAUCGUUGUCCUCUCGAAUUCUGAUCAGAACUGCUGCUUGGGGAAUUCGAAUUUGUUUGAAGGAUGGGAGAAAGAAAGGUGCUGAACAAGUACUAUCCGCCGGACUUCGAUCCGUCGAAGCUGCCGAGGGUUCGGAGGCCGAAGAACCAGCAGAUGAAGGUGCGCAUGAUGCUCCCCAUGAGCAUUCGCUGCAACACCUGCGGUAAUUACAUCUACAAGGGCACCAAGUUCAAUUCCCGCAAAGAGGAUGUAAUAGGCGAGACAUACUUAGGAAUUCAAAUCUUUCGAUUCUACUUCAAAUGUACAAAGUGUUCUGCAGAGCUAGCAAUGAAGACAGAUCCAAAAAAUUCAGACUAUAUUGUUGAGUCUGGUGCCACGCGGAAUUUUGAACCGUGGCGUGCGGAGGAUGAGGUAACGGAGAUGGAAAAACAGAAAAGGGAUGCCGAAGAGAUGGGAGAUGCUAUGAAAUCAUUAGAGAACAGAACCUUGGAUUCAAAGAGAGAAAUGGAUAUCCUUGCUGCGCUAGAUGAGAUGAAGUCUAUGAAGUCCAGACAUGCUACUGUGAGUGUAGAUGCCAUGCUUGAGGCCUUGCAGCGCACAGCUGGGGAAAAGGAGAAAAGGUUGGAAGAAGAGGAUGAAGCACUUAUAAAAUCAAUAUUUCAUAAGCCAAUAGAUUAUGUUCGAAGAAUUCAUGAUGAAGAUCUUGACGAUGAUGGAGAUAUGAUUCAGCUUUCAAGUGGCAAUGGGGAAAUAUCUGGUGAUAAUCUGAAGAGGAGAAAGGUUUCUGAAGAGCCUCUUGGGAACCCAACAGAUUCUUUGACAAAAGCCACUUUUGGUGACAGCUCCACCAACAAAGAAAAUCCAGGUGGUUCAGGGGCUGCUGGCAAUCCCAAGUUAAUAUUCAAGUCUUCAGGCGUUAGGAUUUCGGUUAGGAAACCAGAUUCCAGUGAUAGUAAUUUAGUGAAAAUGGAAGGGAACAAACAAGGGGCUAGAACCAAUACAAGUGUGCUACAGGCUGUGACCACAGGUGAUAACAAUCCGGCCAGGCACGGAGAUAAUAGCCGAGAGCAUAAUACAAGUGCUGGACUUCUAUCACUCUGCCAAAACUAUGAAAGUGACGACGACUAGUGAUUGACUGGGAGAGUGUAUCUUGGUUAACAAGCAAAAUCUAUCUUGGACCUAAAGACACGCAGAUUUCCAGGAAGAAUUGACAAGUUACAAACAACGGGGGAGAUGGGCGCGAAGAUAAAGAAAAAAUAAAGAAAUGAAAAGGAAGAUGUUCCCCACCAUCCGGCCUACCAUGAUGUUGCUUCAAUUAAGCACCAUAUGUUUGUUGGUCUACAAACACUGUAUUUUUGUUCAACUUAGAACGCAUGUUUACCCAUAGCCUACUCUUUCCAGUUUCCAUAACCCUUUAAGAGCAUUGGCAAUGGACAAGCUAAAUAUUAAUACAAGUCCAAACUUUAGCUAGAUGUGAGAAAAAGCCUCUAUAUUGGACUAGCCAAAGGUCUAAAGUUCAAUACUUGAGCUACAGUAAUUCUUGGGUGCUCUCCAUUGAUGGCUAGUCACUAUUUACCCUCUAUUAAAAUAUUUUAUUAUUUUCAUCAA